AUGGAGAGGACACCGGGCACAGAGGGAGGACAGGCUGGCAAGGAAGGAGAGGUAGAGGCAGAAAUGCAGGAAGGAGCCAGAUCACAAGAUGCCUUCCAGGCCAUACUGAGGAGUUUGGAUUUUAUCCUCACAGUGACAAGAAUCAUUGAAAAAUGUAAGGGAAAGGUUGUGAAGGUCAGACUUCAAGCACAGACCCAUCCACAUGGUGUCAAACCUCACUACAUGGGGACUAGUGCUGACAGAAUUAGAGCAACAACUGAAGGAUUGACAGAUCUUUGGAAAGGGCCUACUCCCAAUCUGAUGAGAAAUGUCAUCACGAAUUGUGCAGAGCUAGAGUAUGACCUAAUGAAGAAGGCACCUCUAAACAAGACUUACCAGCUAGUUUAUGUAACAGGCAGAUGAUGUACCUGCCACUUUGUAUCAGCUCUUAUCACCUGAUAUUGCACAAUGUUUUUGUCCCUGGUGGAUAUGGUGAAAAGCAGAUUUGUUAAUUCUCUACCAGGACAAUGCACAAGUGUGCCCACCUGUGCGAUGACAGUGCUCACUAAGGAAGGACCAUUGACUUUUUUCAAAAGGCAAGAUACCAUUUGUCCCUUCUUCCACCUUGGGUCUCCAGACGUCAUUUUAUUUGUGUGCUCUGAACAAGGAAAACGAAAACUGACGAACUCAAGGCAGACCAUGAGCUGUGUCAUAUAA